ACGACGCCAAUUGACGUCACUACGUCAGUGGCGUCAUCCUGCGUCAUGGCGGUUUGGUCGGUCGGGGCGCUCGCUUGUUGUUAGGUGAAGAUUAUUCUCCCGGUUUUAAAGUUUCAUUUCGAACAAAUCUCAGCCAUGUCUGGCUCAGCGGACUUCAUCCUGCUUCAGAAAUGCACGCCGCGUAUUUUCGCCGACAGUUUUUAGGUUUUAUUUCGGACAAAUCCCCUCGACCCGAGCCCCCAAGCGCUCUCGCCCAGCGUCACUGCCCGGAGAGGAGACCGUUUUCCCGCUGGAGGCGCUAGGCCGCACGACAUCUCAUAGGGGUUCGGUUUUCUUCACUCCUUAACGUCACUUGCAGAUAAGUCAUCAUGGUUCAACAGUACCAGUCGCCUGUGCGAGUCUACAAGUUCCCCUUUGAGAUGGUGAUGGCGGCGUACGAGCGACGCUUCCCCACGUGCCCUCUCAUCCCGGUGUUUGUGGGGAGCGAACGGCUGGCGGAGCAGCGCAGCGAAGACGGCGCUCUGCACGUCAUCGAGAGGAGGUGCAAGCUCAACGUGGAGGCGCCACGCCUGCUCAAGAAGAUUGCCGGCGUGGACUUUGUGUUCUUCAUCCAGAAGAACACGCUCAACUGGCGCGAGCGCACGCUGCACAUCGAGGCUCACAACGAGACGUUCGCCACGCGCGUCAUCGUCAACGAGAAGUGCAGCUACAGCGUCCACCCUGACAAUGAUCAGUGGACGUGCUUUGAGCAGACGGCCAGCCUGGACAUCAAGUCCUUCUUCGGCUUUGAGAGCUCGGUGGAGAAAGUGGCCAUGAAGCAGUACACAGCCAACAUCAAGAAGGGAAAGGAGGUGAUCGAGUUCUACCUGCGGGAGCUGCAGGACCUCGGCGUCUCUCACCUGCCGCGGUGGGACGCCGCCCCGGGCCUGCACGGCACGCCGGCCAUCGUGGCGGCCGUGGCAAUCAGAGCGGCGGCCACGGCCGACCCUGCCGCCGCCACUCUCCCCACCGUAGCGCUGGCGCCAAGCACGAUGAAUAUCACAACGGGUGGAGAGGACGGAGGAGCGGAGGGAGGAGACUGCACGACCAGCGUGUUAAUCUCGGCCCUGUCUCCGGCCGCAGCCGACCUGGGAGUCCCCACCUCCUUCCUGUGCGAGAAUAUCACAGCCACGCCCGAUGACAAGCUGGACGCGGAUUACAUCGAGCGGUACCUGGGGGAGCUGACGCCACUGCAGGAGAGCUGUCUCAUCCGCCUGAGACUCUGGCUGCAGGAGUCCCACAAGGGAAAGUCAGAGGCAGAAGACGGCAGCUCAGCGGAGAUCCCGAAGGACGAGCACAUCCUGCGCUUCCUGCGGGCGCGCGACUUCAACGUGGACAAGGCCAAGGAGAUGCUCUGCCAGUCGCUGAGCUGGCGCAAGCAGUACCAGGUGGACUACCUGCUGGAGACCUGGGGGCUGCCGCCGGCGCUCACGGACUACUACGCCGGCGGGUGGCACUACCAGGACCGCGAUGGACGUCCCCUCUACAUCCUGCGUCUGGGUCAAAUGGACACCAAGGGGUUGGUGAAGGCAAUGGGGGAGGAGUCCCUCCUGAGACACGUGCUGUCCAUCAACGAGGAGGGCCUGCGCAGGUGUGAAGAGAACACCAACAACUCGGGGCACCCCAUCAGCUCGUGGACGUGCCUGGUGGACCUGGAGGGCCUCAACAUGCGGCACCUGUGGCGGCCGGGCGUCAAGGCCCUGCUGCGCGUCAUCGAGGUGGUGGAGGCCAACUACCCGGAGACCCUGGGGCGGCUGCUCAUCGUGCGAGCGCCCCGCGUCUUCCCCGUGCUCUGGACCCUGGUCAGCCCCUUCAUCAACGACAACACGCGGCACAAGUUCCUAAUCUACGGUGGAAACGACUACCAGGGCCCCGGCGGCCUGGUGGACUACAUCGACAAAGACGUCAUCCCCGACUUCCUGGGUGGAGACUGCCUGUGUGACGUUCCGGAGGGCGGCCUGGUGCCCAAGUCACUGUACCGCACGGGGGACGACGUAGAGCACGGCGACGACAUCCGCCUGUGGACGGACACCAUCUACCAGUCGGCCUGCGUGCAGAAGGGCGCUCCACACGAGGUCGUGAUCGACAUCCCCGAAGCGUCGUCCGUCAUCACCUGGGACUUCGACGUCAUCAAAGGCGACGUGGCCUUCAACCUGUACCACAGUCGCCGCGCUCCUGCGCCCACGCGCAGCGCCAGCAGCGGCGGCGGCGGCGCCGGCUGCGUCGGCAUCGUCGCCGGCGGCGGCGGUGUCGCCGGUGUCGCCGGUGGCGGCCUCAGCAGCAGCGCGUCGCUCGGCUCGGCGAUUGCCUGCGCUGCCGGCGGCGCCGGCAGCAGCGUGGAGAGGAGCUGGCAACAGCAGCAGCUGCAGCUGCAUCACCACCAACAGCAGCAGCAGCAGCAGGGCUGGGUGUACAGCCCUGUGGAGGCAGCACUGCACUGCAGGGAAGGGGAGAGCAUUCAGGGCUCGCACGUGGCGCGCUGGCCGGGCCGCUACGUGCUGCAGUGGCGGCUGGCCGGGGUGGGGGCCGGCGGGGGCUCGCUGCCCCGCGUGGACGACGUCAUCGCGUCGCUGCAGCUGCCCGGCACGCACAAGGGCAAGGUGAUGUACUACACCGAGGUGCUGGCCUCGCACGACUUUAGGGGCUCCAUGACGAGCCUGGAGUCCUGCCAGAGUGGAUUUUCACAGCUGAGUGGAGGUACCAAUUCUUCUGGAGCUGGAUCCAUGGCCUCCAGAUAGACAGGAGGGCUCGGCUCCAGGAGACCGGGUCUCGGGGUCUUGAGACUCGGCCCCAGGAGACCGGGUCUCAGGGUCUUGAGACUCUCGGAUCCAGGACACCGGGU